AUGAAACAUUAAAAGUCAAAUUUAUUUUUCUCCAAACCUAUAAACUAUAAGCCAUCUAUCAAAACAGGUUCAAAUAUAGGUUGUUCAUAUUAUCCAAAAAUCUAAUUCAACUCCUCUGAAGGAUACCAAAAAAGGUAGCUAUAUCUGAAAAGUAUAAGACUUUUAAUAUCUAAAUAGGAUGA